CCCGCCACAAUGCCACAUUAACAUGGAUAACACACAUUUUUCAAGUUUCUGUGAUAAUAUUACGAAAUUCAGUUUUUUUUUUUUAAUUUAAUUGUCAUGUUGUGAACACGCAGAUGUCACGAAUUGCGAUUUUACUGGGUACACUUAAAGUAGAAAUCAACAUCUAUUGACGCUUCAGGCGGUUCAGCGAAUAAAGACAGAGCUUUCUAAUAACAUAUGCAACAUUUUUACCAACAAGAUCAAGAAAAACAAACAAAUUUCACCAUAUAAUAAAAUGCCUAGCAAAAAGAGGAAGUACAACGCUAGAUUUCCAGCUGGAAGGAUUAAAAAAAUUAUGAGAAUCGAUGAUGAUAUUGGAAAAGUUGCAUUACCAGUUCCAGUUAUGAUUUCUCGAGCAUUGGAACUGUUUGUUUCAUCCCUAUUAAUCAAAGCUGGUGAUGUCACAAUGCAAAAAAGUGCAAGGACUCUUACUCUUGCCCACUUAUUUUUUUUUUUUAGAAAACAAUGCAUUUGUUCUGAUAGCCGUCUUGAUUUUCUUAAAGAACUAGUGAAAAGUACACCGGACCAUUCUGAAGAAUGUAAUGAUAUUGCAGAUUCAGCUGUCAUACAAAAUAAUCAAGUCAGCAAUAAUGAUAGUGAUGAAGAAACAUCAUCAAAAACGAUCGAAUGGCACCUGUUAAACGGGUGUGCGUGCCCGUUGACCGCUGCCGAGUACGAGCGGCUGGUCGCGUUUCCUACUUCCGUAAGCUCGUUGCCGUCCGACAUGAUCACUCAACUGAGCACGAUGCGUCUACUAUUAUCCAUGCGUCGUCACCGCAAGCAGCAGCACCCAGUCGUAGACUCAGACUAUUGUCCGACAGUAGAGCGCGCGUGUUUGGCGACGCUCUCCAGCACGUUGUGGUUUGACCAAUUGCUGGCCAUGUUGGCAUCUGUGGAUGACCACGUUAGGUACGUGGCCACAUGUGUGGCCACCGAAGCAGCACUGGGCUGCGCCGACGCCGCCGGUGAUUCGCUAGCACAUAUGAUCGACGGGCUGUUGCUAACAAUCACGACGACGGUGGGACGGUCGCGUGCCGCAGCCGUCAACGUCUUAACGCGCGUGCUAGACGUCACUUGCAACUCCCCUCGGAUCUCAACUAUGGAAACAUUUUGUUGCCACGAUGGUGAUGAAGCAGGCCGUUUUACCGCUGUUACGAAAGGCCGUGACACCAAGACGCUAUUGUUGGACAGGUUGAAUGGUCGGUGGUUGGAUGUCGUUCACGCCACGGUGCGUGAAAAUGAAACAACUGUGGCUACCGAUUACCACAACAACGGUCUGGCUGAUAUUGUCGGGCUAUGGACCGCUGUGUUUCGCUUGUUCCGGUUCGCCGGCUCGGCGUGCCGGAAUCGUGAACAGUUCUAUUCGGAACUACCUAGCCUGGAAUGGCUGUUGUAUCGGACUGACACAGAACCACUGGUGUGGCUGAACACGGUACGACUGUUCGGUGCCAGUCUGCAGAGGUGCCUGGAUCAGCCAAUGGACAACUGGUGGAUGGCCGGAAGAGUGGCCAUGGCCGAGCGUUUUCUGACCGGCUUCACUCGUAGGCGGAUUUUGUACUUCAUGUGCAAAAUGGUGAGCAGUUAUGGUCUGGAAAACGACCGGACGAGGAUCAUGUUGCAGGAGACGGUGCUGCUAGCGAUGCGGUCGUUACAUGCGUUCGUUGGAGGCAACAAUCAGCUUCUGGGUUCCGACAAUGAUAGAGACGUCGCUGCGGUAACGAUGAUUAGAGAUGUUGUUGACUGUUUGGACUCGUACGUCAAAGCCAGCACGCUGUACGCGACUGAUGUUGGUUUCUGCCGAUGGACAGUCCGCUUGAUGUGCGACCGUGACGACGCCACCAUCGAGUGUCUGACGUGUGCGCUGGACGUCGCGGAUGCUGUGCCCGCCGCCUGGUCUCUGCUUGACCCGUUCGCCAGCUUUGCCGAGCUGCUGGAGUGUGUGUCGUACGAACCGGACGUGCUGUUAGACUAUCUCAUUUCCGAAGAGAGUAACUUCCUGCCAUACGCUCUUCGCAUUUUGAAGACCGCUUGCCGGGACGCCCGGUGUUUCUUCCAAAGCUGCGGUUCUGGUUUGGACGACGCUAUGGUGCUGCUGAUCAGACUCCGACUGAAGAUGCUGCGGCUUCACGAGAACCACGUUUUUCCAUACAACGUCGUGCCCAUCGCCAAACUGAUACAGCGCUGCGACGAGCUGUACACCGAAAUCGUAUUGUGAUGAUUAUUAUUAUCCUUGUAUACGUAUUAUGGUAUACAAAUGUAUAUUAUGUUGUGUGGUUUAUGUAGGUACCUACGGCGUGAACCAAUUUCACAACUAAUCCUUAUUGUCAUAAUGUGUGCCAUUUAAAUCUUAAGUCUGGUUCAUUAAUUAUUUAGUUUUUUCAUAAUUGUUUAAUGAAUAAACUAAUGUAAAAUAAAUACCACAUACUACUA